AUAAAUAAUUAAUUAAAUUAUUAAUUAUAAUAAUAAUGAAAAAUUAGUCUUUCUUUUUACAUGUAUGUAUUUUGCUAAUAAUACUUUCUCAUUAAUCUCUCACGAUGAGAAUGUGUAUAUAAAAAUUUAUGUAUGUUUGUUUUACAAACGAUGAUAAUAAAGGAGAUGAAUAAAUUAAUAGAAGCGACGCAGUGCAAUUAUUAAAAAGUGCAAUAUCACUGCACUAAACAGAAAGGCGUGUCGUGCAAUUGCAUCGUUCCACAAAGGUGUGCGACGUUAUGUUAACGCGCUUGCAUCUCAUUACUAUCCGCUGUCUCCUAAAAGUUAGUUGAAGGCUGGUGGGAGAUAUCGUCGUUUGCUACGCUACCAAUGCCAGCUGAUUCUUACUGACAGUCUCUCGACAACCGGCACAGAGAUCAACACGUUCUUUCAAUCAUCUCGUGCACACGCACUCGAGAUGUGCACGGUGAUGUGAUACCGCGCAAACUCAUUUUGUGAAAGAAAAAUACCUCAAAUUAUCUCGCAGACAUCAGUCUGUAUCGUCUAUGUCCCGCCUUGAAUGAUCUCCGCUGUCCUUGAUUAGAUGUAUGGGUUUCCAUUUGGAAUUAAUUACUGUAUCGAGGUACUGGCAUUUUUCAGAUGAAUGCUUAAUUCGACAACAAUCACUGGUGUUCUAUUUUAUUUAACAUUGUUUAAUUUAAUGAUUUUAUUGAAUUUAAUAAAUUAAUUUAAUGAUCGUUAAAAAAAUGAUUUUUCGAGUUUUGCAUAUAUUGAUAAGUAAUUUUCGCAGUUAUACAAUUAGCAUUAAAUAAAUAGCAGACAUUGCUAAGAACUAGAAAAAUUAUUAAAAUAAUUAGGGACUUCGCAAUCUUAAUAACUUAAGAAAUAUUUUAUCAGGGGAUGAUUCAUACACGUGAAGACGUGUGAUUGAGAGAACGAGACGUUGAAGAGAUUUUUAUGUAGGCGCUCACUCUAUUUGCUGCUCUUCAAUCAUGUCAAAAAAGUGUUGCUCUUGCUCAUGCCUUUCCGGAUUCAGGGCCGUGUUCAGGCCUCAACAAAUCGGACCUUCGCACAAGCCAGAGUGCACAAAACCAGAAUGCAUGCCACGGCCGCCCACAACUACUGCUCCCGGGGAAGACUUUGGUGUUCCAGUACUGACGAUUCACGAUGUCAAUCCUUGUAUUGAGGAGAACGGCGAGAACCAUCGGACAUCCAGAUACGAGCUGAUGACCCGUCGGGGUGACAGAGCGAAACUGGUGGUCAGGCGUGGUCAGGAAUUUUAUCUGCAUCUCAACUUGUCUCGAGAUUAUAAUUAUUCUUUCGACGGGAUAUCUAUCGUUUUCACUCUGUAUGGCAUCGAGAAGCCACAAUAUGGACACGGGACUCUGGUGGCAACCGCUCUGCUUAAUCCCGACGAGAUCUCCGAAGCUGCUUGGCAAGCCACCAUAGUCGCUGCAGAGCCAAAUUUCUUAAGAAUAAAGAUUGUGCCUUCCGCUAAUGCGAUUAUCGGUAAAUGGAAAAUGGAAAUCGAUACCAAGAACAAAGAAACUGAAGGUGCUGUCAGUUACACAAUGGAUGAUCCAUUUUACUUAAUCUGUAAUCCUUGGUGCGAAGAUGACGUGGUUUAUCUAGAAUCUGAAGCCGAACGACAAGAAUACGUGAUGGCAGAGGACGGUUUGAUCUGGCGUGGCAGUCAUAACCGUUUGCGGCCCAGCGUGUGGAAGUACGCGCAAUUCGAGCGUGACAUUCUGGAUUGCGCCUUGCACCUGAUGAACGAAAUCGGCAAGGUCCGAGUUUCCGGCAGGAACGAUCCUGUCAUCAUAACGCGCUGCCUAUCCGCCGCGGUGAAUUCCCCUGACGACAAUGGGGCGGUAAUGGGAAAUUGGUCGGACGAUUAUGCGGGCGGUACCCCACCUACGAGGUGGAUGGGCUCGCAGAAAAUAUUGCAACAGUAUUACAAGACAAAGAAGCCGGUCAAAUACGGACAAUGCUGGGUGUUUUCUGGCGUCCUGGCGACAGUCUGCCGUACCCUCGGUAUACCCUGCCGUGUAGUGACCAACUACUCCAGUGCGCAUGAUACUCAGAGUAGCUUGACCGUGGACUACUUCGUGGAUGCUGAAGGCAAGAUCAUGGAGGAGCUCAAUAGCGAUUCAAUAUGGAACUUCCACGUUUGGAACGAGGUGUGGAUGAAACGGCUAGACUUGUCGCCGGACUGUUCGGGCUGGCAGGUGAUCGAUGCAACUCCUCAAGAAUUGAGCGAAGGCGCGUAUCGUUGCGGGCCAGCUUCCGUGAAUGCCGUGAAAAAAGGAGAAGUCCUGCGUCCCUACGACAACGCAUUCCUCUUUGCUGAAGUGAACGCUGACAAGGUGUUCUGGCGUUACAACGGACCUACGCAACCCUUGAAGUUGAUUCGCAAAGACGUGUACGGCAUCGGCCAAUUGAUCAGUACGAAGGCUGUUGGAAGAUGGGAGAGGCAGGAUAUCACACACACUUACAAAUAUCCAGAAAAGUCUGACGAAGAACGUGCUGCUAUGCUGAAAGCGCUGCGCCAGAGUGAGUCUUUAUUCAGUCGUUACUAUCUCAACGAGGAGUUCAACGACGUCAUGUUCACUUUUGAGUUGCGCGAUGACAUUAUAAUUGGACAGCCGUUCAGCGUUGUAUUACUAAUCAAAAAUCGCAACCUGAUGAUGGAGUACUGGGUGUCUGCAAUUUUGAGAGUGGAAACUGUGCUAUAUACCGGCCGCGUGGGAGAUCCGGUGAAGAGACUAAAUCUUGAUAGACUGGUCCGACCAGGAGUACUGGAGGAAAUCCGCUUAGACGUUUCCUGGGAGGAAUACGGUCCGAGAUUGUUAGAUCAAUGCGCUUUCAAUAUCGCCUGCCUCGCCACCGUGAAAGAUACAAACUACGAGUACUUCGCGCAGGAUGACUUCCGUGUUAGAAAACCCGAUAUUAAAAUCACGUUACACAACUACGCAAUUGUCGGUCAGACUCUCCAUGCUACGGCCAAAUUCCGCAAUCCGUUACCUGUUCCUUUGAGGAAAGGAAGAUUCCUUAUCGAAGGCCCUGGUCUGGAUGAACAAUUGAAGGUGAAAUUAACGGAAUCUGUAGAAGUGGACGAGGACGCAGAAUGUACUUUCUCCAUGAUACCGAAGUUGGAAGGGCGUGCUAGAAUAGCAGCGAAAUUCUAUUCCAGAGAGUUAGAAGAUGUUGAUGGACAUUCGGACAAUUUCAUAGUCAAACCGGCGAAAAUAGUUAGUAAUUAUGAAUGAUUGACCAAUUUCGAUAACAUUAGGUAAAUAAUAAUUUAACUUGUUACUAUUAAAAAUUUAUAUAUAUAUUUAUUUAUAUAUAUAUAUUUAUAUUAGUCGUAUAAAAAACGAUAAUUUUCUCGCAUGUGACGGAAAAAGAGCAUAAUUCUAUCGUAAAGUUAUAAAUAUAAUUAUAAUCGCUUGAUGCCAAAAAAUCUGAACUAAGUGCAAUAAUCUAAAAUUUUGGAAUAUUAGCUUAUGCAAAGUUGAGAGUUAUGGAAUUAAUUUAAAAAUUUAGAUUUAAAAAUGAGAUCCUUCUAUUAAUUAUACAAAAAGUUAAUUACUCACAAGACUUGAGCAAAAGAAAAAGAUCAUGAAACGUGUAGUAGAUACAGGAAAAGUAAAGUAUUAUCUGUGCCAAAAACUUUAGUAGAGUCACUGAAAAUACGACAAGUGCAGUGUUUAUCUAUUAUAUUUAUUGCAAACUCAAAUGCAAAAUACCGAACUGUAGAUGAAAUAGAGCGUAUCUAAUCAGAUACGUAAGCGGAAGUGCAGAAACUUUAAUUCUUAAUUUAUUACUUUCUUAAAUUAUUACAUUAUGUUAGUCUCUUUGUUAUGGUUACCACCUACAUUAUCUACGUGUUCAAAAGAUGUAUUUAAAGCCCCAUAACAUUUAUAUAUAUAUAUAUAUAUAUAUAUAUAUGUUAUUUUAUAUAAAUCAAACAUAUGUCUUAUACAUACGUUGCGUGAGAAAUAUAUAUAAUUUUAUAUAAUAUAUACAUAUAUAAUUUUAA